AAGCAGUGCCAAGUUGGUAGCACCCUUGGGGUGCUUGGUUUCUAGGCAAAAGCACACUCUUCCUGAUUUACCAUAUGACUAUGCUGCACUGGAGCCUCAUAUUAAUGCAGAGAUCAUGCAGCUGCACCACAGCAAGCAUCAUGCCACCUACGUGAACAACCUGAACGUUGCCGAGGAGAAGUACAAAGAGGCACUGGCAAAAGGUGAUGUUACAACUCAGGUGUCACUUCAACCUGCACUGAAGUUCAAUGGUGGGGGUCAUAUCAAUCACACCAUCUUCUGGACAAACCUUUCCCCCAAUGGAGGAGGAGAGCCUAAAGGAGAAUUGAUGGAAGCCAUCAAGCGUGACUUUGGUUCCUUUGCAAACUUCAAGGAGAAGCUGACAGCUGUAUCAGUUGGUGUUCAAGGAUCAGGCUGGGGGUGGCUUGGCUAUAACAAGGAUCAGGGCCGCCUACAGAUAGCGGCUUGUGCAAAUCAAGACCCUUUGCAAGGAACAACAGGUCUCAUUCCUUUGCUAGGCAUUGACGUAUGGGAACAUGCUUAUUAUCUUCAAUAUAAAAAUGUUCGACCUGAUUAUUUGAAAGCCAUCUGGAAUGUGAUCAACUGGGAGAAUGUAUCUUCAAGAUAUGCAGCUUCCAAAAAGUAGAGUGGAAUUCUUGCACAGACUACUAAAAUGUCACCAGUUCUACUCUGAUACCACUCUUGUAGUAGUGCUUGUGUCUUACAAAUGAAUUGUUCUACUGCAGAAAGCACUUCACUCAUCCAACAAAAGCAUUUCAUAAUCAAGCAAAAGUCUGCUUGUUUAAUUCUGUGAAAGGUAUUUACUUAGAGUUCUGAAGCUUUAAACUGUUGUGCAACAAAGGGAGACACUUUAAUCUGUUCCAUUGCAUAUAGAAACAUAGGUCACCCUGCUGAAGCUUAAUGGAUUUCCUUGUUGCACUAAAAUACCUAAGUGGAAAUAUGUGCUACUGUUGCUAUAAAAAAAUAAAACUCAAAAGAAGAAUCUUCUAUAACUGUCUACAAGAGACUCAUUUUUAGAAAUAUCUGGUUUAGUUACUUGAUUUUGAAACAAUUGGAAGAGAAAAAUGCCUUUUGUAAUUUGUUGUAUUACGGGCUGCAGAGCUUUCAUGAAGUUUGAAAAGAUGAAUGGAAGGGGAAAUAGCUGUUGCUCUGCCUGCCUGAAUUGAUUGUUUUCAGUCAUCCCUAUCCCUUCCUGCAUUUCUUACAUGAGAACUUUGCGUAUCACGCUGAUGCUUGUUGGAAGCAUUACUUUGGGCAAGAGAUUACAGUACUGGCUCAGGCAAGUUGUUCAUCUAGGGCCUGAAUGUCAGCAUGUGACACUCAUUUCAUACUAACUGUUCAGGUAUGUCUGAGACCUUGCUUAAACUAAAAAGACUGAUUCCAUGCACAUACCAGUCUCUGCACAGUCAUGUUGGUGAAGCAGUAGUAACAAAUUAAACUUGGUGCUUGAA